AUGCCAACUGGCUGGUCGGUCGUCGGUGGACUCACGCAGUCGCCCUAUGUCAUCGGAGGCAAACGCUGGGAUGACGGCUUCGGGGGCCAUAGUGCUGUAGGUGGCUCGUCUUCAGGAUCUUGCGCUGGAGUGGCUGCGGGGUUCGCCCCUGCAGCCCUUGGUACUGACACCAACGGGUCGAUUUUGAUGCCUGCAACUCGACAUGACGUCUACGCCAUGAAACCAACUCUCGGUCUUAUUUCCCAAGACGGUAUCUGCCCUAUAUCGUUCGACUUUGACUCUGCCGGCCCGAUUGCCCGGUCAGCGCGAGACAUUGCCAUCCUCAUGGAUGCACUUGUCGACCGUGAGAAAGCCACCAACAUUCCUAACGGGACCUACGUAUCGCAUCUCACCGGAUAUUUUGACGGAAUACGAAUUGGAGUGCUGGAGCCCAAAGAAUGGCAUAUGCCCCCCGUCGCAGUAGCGCCGAACAAGGAAGUAGAUGAUCAGCAGGACGCGGAUGCUUCAGCAGCGUACGAACGGCUAAAGUCCCUUGGGGCCAUUGUGAAGCAAGUCGAGGUAGCCUCCUUGGAAGAGCUAGUUGUCGACGGAAUGAGCCAGAUUCAAAGAGUCAUGGAUUCCCGCUUCAGGCAGGCCAUCGAUUCAUAUCUCUCGAAAUUAGAGGGAGGCAAGGUCCAAACCCUGGACCAGCUCAUGCAGUUCAUGCGCGAUAACGCGAAGCAGGAAAUGCCCCCUGAGUCUCCCAUUAUGACACGUCUGGAAAUCGCGGCAGCAUUCGACAUUACUGAAGAUGGGUACCAGAACGCUCUCGCUGAUAUGAGAGAUCUUGGCAGGAGGCGGGCGGUUGAUAAAUGUCUGAAGGAAUAUGAUGUUGACAUUAUCCUUGGGCCAGGAGAUAGCAGGAUUAAUGAGCUCUACGCAACCGCAGGUUACCCGAUGGCAGUCGUACCCUUUUCUUACGCGAGCUUCAACGGAAGACCGCUCGGGAUGUGUGCUGUGGUCACCGCAAACCAAGAGGGCCUCAUCAUCCAGUUCAUGAGCGCCUGGCAAGCUCAUUUCAACAGUGAGAGGCAGCUACCUAAAUGGAUUGGAGGUGAUCCCAACAGUGCCACCGAGAGCGAGCUCUAG